AUGCACCGAUUUCUAUUAGUGCUUGGAUGGAUUGGCGUCUCGUCAGCUUUCACUGGAUAUUCUCCGGAGAGCUUCCCGGACAGUAUGACUCAACAGCUCCUCUGCAAUCAGGACACUCCAACCCUUCUCUGUGACCCGACAAGUCAACUGGCGCAAGGAAAAAAUAUCACCGAAAAUUAUCAACGAAUCAAUCAAAAGCUUGCUGCUCUUCGGUACAAUACCACUUGCAAAUGUGGUCCCACUGACUCGAAUCUCGGCAAGUGUGACAGCAUCGGCGCAUGGGGAUUCACUGCAUCGGUGGCCAUUCUCGACAGCAUGAUCUUGGACGUAAAUCAACACGGGAGAGACGACGUGUUGCGAGCAAUCGAAGAGUUUGCUCAUCGCCUCCGUCGACGUUUCCCACGCGGAAAUUGUGAUGACGAUGUCUACAUUGUGCUUUCUGUUAAAGAUGAUGCGAUUUGGACCUCGGCAGGAAAAGUGGCUGAACGGUAUUUGACGCCUGAAUUGGUUAACACUAUCACGAUCACUGCUGAGCAAUACUUCAAGAAAAAGCAAUACACGGACGGUUUGGUUUACAUGAUCGAGGAGUAUAACAAGGUUUUCAAUGAAGAGAAAGUGGAGACUGUGGAAAGCACUGGAUGGGAUUGGCCGAUUCCAAAAUGGGUAGUAAUCGUGCUCGGUGUGAUCGUCGGUUUGGUGAUCAUCGGUCUGUUAGCAUGUGCUAUCUAUUGCUUGGCGAAGUGUUGCUGUUUGAAAGAUCGUCGCGGAAACUACUCGACUGUGAAUCGUGGAAACAAUCCGAGACCGGCACACUUG